AAGUAAAAAGUCUAACGACGGAAUUACCGCCAAAAAUGUCUUCUCUAUCAAAGUUGUAAUAAAAGAAAGUUUAUAUACGCCAAAUGGGUUUAAUAAUAAGUAUUGUGAUAACGUCCAUAGUGUUUUAUUUAUCAUUAACGGAAUAAAUGACAGACGAGCGAGUCGGGUAAAAAUAAUGCUAACGCGCAUGUGGCCGAAUGCGCCAUAAUCACACGAUCCUGCCCGUGAACAAUCUCUCAACUCAUCUCUGACUCUACACGAAUGGAUAACCUGAGAUCAAUGGCGAGAUGACCUAACACGUGUUUGUAGCUGCAUGACAGUUCGCAGUAUUUUAAAUCAAGUUAAAAAGAAAGCAUUGAAAAUAUGAUACAAGAUGUUGCGAAGAAAACGAUCGAUUCUUUUAUUUAUCGGAAUUUUAGGAAUAAUUUUCUCUUUGCUGCAGUUGCGUUUGAACAAUUAUGACGAAUCAAGACUUUCAGAUGUAGAGACCCCUAUAGUCAUAUGGUGGACACCUUUUGUGCAUUAUAAUAAAUACGCACGAGUAUGCGGUGACGUUCAAUGUUAUUUCACACAAAAUCGUACAUUUCAGUCACAUCCUCUUCUUAAGGGAAUUUUGUUUUAUGGUAGCAAUUUUCAAAUAAACGAUUUACCAUUACCGCGGCGACAACGUGUCGACUGGGGAUUAUUUCAUGAAGAGUCACCACGAAAUAAUCCAAUUCUCGUGCAUGAACAGGCAUUAAAUCUUUUUAACUAUUCCGCUACAUUUAGCCGAUACAGUGACAUUCCUCUCACCCUGCUUCAUUUACCAAGCGAACAAGAGCUAAUGGAUGAAAAAUAUUUUAUACCGUUUAAGGAGAAGAGAAGAUUGAUGGCAACGAAAAACUUGGCCCCAGUUCUCUAUAUCCAGUCAGAUUGCGAUACAGCUACCGAAAGAGAUUCUUACGUUUCAGAACUCAUGAAACAUAUUAGGGUUGACUCGUAUGGACCUUGUUUAAAUAAUCGUGAAUUACCUAGAAGUUUAAAGGAAAACCACUUGGAUAAACUAGAGAGCGAAGAAUUUCUAUCAUUUGUUGCACAGUACAAAUUUACUUUAGCUAUUGAAAAUGCUGCCUGUUUUGAUUACCUCACUGAAAAAUUUUGGAGACCACUUAUUGUUGGAUCGGUACCUGUGUAUUAUGGAUCCCCAUCAUUUAUGGACUGGGUUCCAAACAAUAAAUCAGUCAUUUCUGUAGCGGAUUUCUUACAACCCAAAGACUUAGCUGAACAUUUGGUGAACCUUACUAAUGAUGAAUUACAAUACGAGCGGUACAUAACUCACAAACUGUAUCCAUCGAAUUUUAGAAUUACGAAUGCUCGUCUUUUAACUGCAUUAAGGGAUAGAUCAAGCAGCAUGCCACAUGACUUUGUAAAUUACGUUCGAUCGUUUGAAUGUUUUGUUUGCAAAAAGUUACACGAUCCAAACAGAAUGAAAAAUGUACAUAUUGUAAAUACCAAACACUUUAAUUGUCCUUUACCAAGAAGUCCGUUAACGGGCGAGGUAAAUAAAAAUAAUUGGUGGGUCGACCGCUGGAAUCUUGAAAAAUGUUCAGCGAAAUUACUCGUUCAAAAAAUAAUGAACAAUGUCCUCAUCGACAUGAAUCAGUUUGAUGAGGAAAGAUUUAAAAUGUAUGUUACAAAAAACUGCUAAACAAGUGUCUUUAUCUGUACAAUAAUCUUCGUACCGAUGUGUUCAGGAAAACGGUCAGAAGUUAAUACAAAAAUAAAAUUGUUAACAAGCU